AGUCUUCAUCACUAAUUCAUCACCUGUAAGGCUGUAACGGAAGAAAGAGGAGAGAGCAAGAGGUGAGAUGAGGAUAGUAGGACUGACCGGCGGGAUCGCAUCGGGGAAGAGCACUGUCUCCAAUCUUUUCAAGCUUCACGGCGUCCCCGUCGUCGACGCCGACCUCGUCGCCCGCGAUGUUCUAAAGAAAGGCACUGGCGGUUGGAAAAAGGUUGUGGCGGCAUUUGGUGAGGACAUCUUACUAGAUAAUGGAGAAGUUGAUCGGGCGAAACUCGGUCACAUUGUGUUUUCUGAUCCUGACAAGCGCCAACUUCUUAACAGGUUAUUGGCACCAUAUAUUUCAUCUGGAAUUUUCUGGGAAAUUUUGAAGCUAUGGAUGAAGGGCUACAAGGUUAUUGUUCUCGAUAUUCCUCUUUUGUUUGAGGCCAAGAUGGACAAGUGGACAAAGCCCAUUAUUGUUGUAUGGGUUGAUCCUGAAACACAACUUCAGCGUCUCAUGGAAAGAGACAGAACGUCCGUUGAAGAAGCCAAAAACAGGAUACAAGCUCAGAUGCCUUUGGAUUUGAAAAAAACCAAAGCAGACAUUGUGAUUGACAACACCGGAUCACGUGAGGAGCUGAACGAACGUUUUCAGAGGGUACUAACCCAUGUCUCAAAGCCCUUGACGUGGUCUGAAUUUGCGCUCUCUAGACAGGGAGCAUUUGUGGCUUCUAUAUUGGUUUUUGUGGGUGUCAUCAUUUGCAGAAAAACCCUAUAAUUACGGUGCGUUUGUGAUUCGUUGUACAAACAUUUUGCUUUCAUACCUUUGAAUCCUUUUGGCAACAGCUGUCAUUGACGUAAA